CCAAUCACAAUCUUAUCAAAACCCUUUCAAAAUCAAAGCUUUAAACCCACAUCCCAAUCUUCCAACUCCCUCUUAAUUAAGCCUUUAUGUCGUUGGUUCCAAAAUAAAGUGCUGUAUUUUCUUUUCUUUUCUUUUCUUUUCUUUUCUUUGUUUUUUUUUUUUUUUUUUUUUUUUUACCAUUUUCACUUCAUUCCUUCAAUAUUUUGAAUCUCUGUCAAAGAGAGAGAAAUGAAGAUUGAAUAUCAUAACCCAUUUUUCCUAAGAAAACAUAUGAGUUGUGUUCUCAAAUUUGCCCUCUUUUUACUCUUUGCUGCUCUUUCCUUUCACAUUUUUCUCUCUCUUUCUUUCAAACUAGUUUCAUUUCCACACCCUCCUCUUGAUUCAACAGAUUUGGCUCAAACCCAACCUCAAAAUGAUAGUAGAACAGAAUGUGAUAUAUUUGUGGGGGAAUGGGUGGAAGAUUCUAUAGGACCUUUUUACACAAAUGAGAGUUGCCAUUUCAUUGAAACUCAUCAGAAUUGUAUGCGAAACGGGCGGCCCGACACCGGUUAUCUUCACUGGAGAUGGAAUCCAGCCGAGUGCGAGUUGCCGAGGUUCAAUCCCGGCAUGUUUCUUCGUCUAAUGAGGAACAAAUCAUGGGCUUUCGUUGGGGAUUCCAUUCAACGUAACCAUGUUCAAUCAUUGCUUUGCAUUCUUUCUCAGGUGGAGGAAGUAAUUGAGACAUACCAUGACGAAGAAUACAGAUCCAAAAAAUGGCACUUCCCAUCUCACAACUUCACCCUUUCAGUCAUCUGGUCUCCCUUCCUAACCAAAGCAGCCAUUUUCGAGGAUAUAAAUGGAAUUUCAAGUUCGGAGAUCAAACUGCAUCUCGACGAGCUUGAUGAAAAAUGGACGUCACCGUACAAGGAUCUUGACUAUGUAGUAUUUGCUGGUGGGAAAUGGUUUUUGAAGGCUGCUAUAUACUACGAGAACAAUACCGUGACCGGCUGUCAUAACUGCUUGGAAAAGAACAUGACAGACCUCGGAUUCGCUUAUGCAUAUCGAAAAGCAAUUGGAUUGGUCUUCGACUUCAUUACACGUUCUGAUCAUAAGGCAUUUGUUUUGUUUAGAACCACCAUACCAGAUCAUUUUGAGAAUGGAGAAUGGUUUAGUGGAGGGCAAUGCAAUAGGACAGUGCCUUUCAAGGGAGGGGAGGUUGAAAUGAAAGAUGUGGAUGUAGUAAUGAGAAAUAUUGAACUGCAAGAGUUUGACAAGGUUGUUAAAUCUGGAAUCGGAAAGGCUCCAACUUUGAAGCUUCUCGACACGACACGUCUCUCUUUGUUGAGACCUGAUGGGCACCCGAGCUGGUAUAGGCAAUUCCAUCCAUUUGCUCAUGGAAAUGGAAAAGUACAGAUUGAUUGUUUACAUUGGUGUUUACCAGGUCCAAUAGACUCCUGGAAUGAUUUACUAUUCCAGUUGUUGAUUCAUGGUGUAAGAGCAUGAGGAUUCUAAAGAUGUUUCCCCAUUUUUCACAACAUUGCAAUACAAAAUUACAUUAUUUCUAAGUA